CGAAGUCUGGGGUGGUGUGGUGGUCUGUCUGGAUGAGGGGGAGGAUGCCGAGUACUGGGGAUGAGUAGAGCUGAGUAGAGCUGAGCAGGUAGAGCCGAGCCUGAAGUUGCGACUGAGGCAGCAAAGCGACAGCUUCAAGGUUCUGCGUUUCUAAGAAUGGCACUCACACUCCACCAGGUCCAGCCCUGUCAAGUCUUGGUGCUGUACAGAGGGGGAGGUGGGAAUCCAAGAAAGCUACGACGGGGGCAUUUGAGCAUCUCCUCAACCCGCCGUAAUAUAGGUCAUCGGAAGGUUACGUUGCAAUCUGCAAUCUGGCGGUGCAGGUGCAGCAGCAGCACUUAUACCUAGGACCUGUCGAGUCGAGGGUAUAAAAUGCAUCUCCAGAUCUUCCUGUCGUCCGCACCGCACCCUCUCGCUUCAUCUCGCUUCUCCCUCCCUGAAUCGGGAAAACGUGCACGAGGCAGCCAUCCGAAAUCGCAAGAUAUUCGCAGGUAUUCGCCGGUAUUCGCAGACAGGAACUGCGCUGCCUCGUGAAGUAAGAAGAGAGUGAGAGCGUGACUGGAGUUGUUGAGGGUUGAGUUGUUGAGUUGUUACCAGAAGUUUGGUGGCUUUCCAACGUCGGUCCUUGUGUGGAAGUUGAGGCCAAAGGCAAAGGCGGCACCAGGCGGCACCAGGCGGCCUUGCCGAGCUGCUAGGCGGCUGGUGGGGGCGUUCCCUCAACAUCGAGACAUCGCAUUGUUGGCGGGGAAGAGAAGACCCAUCGCAUCAAAGGCCCUUCGGGCAUGAACAUGAGCAUUGAGCAUGAGCACGAGCACUGUCUUUUCAAUAUUUUCCAUGGUCUAUUCUGGGAAUUGUCCGAGUGAAGUGGAUGCGACUUUGGGAGGAGAAUUGAACUGACAUACUGGUACUGGAGCUACGGAGCAAGGCAAAGACACCUGCAGCAAGCAGCUCAUAUUGAGUAAAGUGUGCUCAUCAUCAUACUGUACGCAUACGAGGGGUCAACCCCAGAAAUCCCACCACCACAAUUCACGGCAAUAGCGACGGCGACUGCGCAAACCACCAACUAUCUACAAAAAUAUCUGCACCAACCCAAGCUUGCUUGCAUACCUAUUUCUAUUCUCGAGGCACAUACCACCACAAUCGGGAGGCACCGACGCAUUUGCGCAUCCGGGUGCUCGAUACUCAAUACUUACUGAGCGUGUACAAACUCUUGCACUUGCUACUACUGCUGCUCCAAUUCACCAGAUUUCUGCGAAGGUCACCGAGUGCACUUGUGGGAGUACAAGACCAAGCCAGACCUAGAGCACCCAGAGCAUCCUCAACCCAAUCUCACCUACGCGAAAAUGGCACCCCCUCCAUACCUGGUACAGCUUCCAAAUGGGCAAACUUUGACCGUCAGCUCGGUCUUUGGUGGAUUUUUCUUCAAGGCCAACGACUUCAACCAUCAUAACAAUGUCUUUCCUGCUGGCUGGACCGUAAUCCUCAACACCGAAUCCUCGGACGAUGACAUUACGACAAAACGAACGGAUGUAGAGUUACGCGGCAUGCCAGCCAAGGGCAAGCCUCGCCAUAUCCACGCUUUCAAGCAGCCGACCCUCCGUAAUGACAACCUAUUUAUUUCCUCCAUUUCGAAUCCUUCUAGCAUUGACUUCAAAUCGCCCACGGGUCCAACCAGGCAGAUUGCAAUGAUGCUUUGGGCAACGCUGGAAUGGUACUUUCACCAGCCAGAACCCAAUCUACGGCCCCACACAGAAGCUUCAAAGGACGUGCCAGAAGCGGCCAGACCAAAAGGCGAUUGGCGAAUAAACAUCAGACGGGAAGGCGUGUUUCGAGGUCGGAAUUUAAUACAAAAGCUGGAGCGGAUGGGACUAGUGACAUCCGAGGACUCAUCCGUUGGCGAGGAACCCGAGGAGAAUACCCCUCAUGGCUGGUCGCAGAUGUUUACAUCAAGAAGGAUCUUCUGGCAAUUAUCGGCGAAGCUUUUCAUAUUCACAAUCGCUCCUACCGUGGCUUCAUCUUUCCCUGGAUCUCCUUACGGCAGUCGGCCCAAUUCUCCAGUACGUGGCGAUCACAAAACUGGUUCUCCAAGCCGGAGAGAAUCCCCGGAUCGUGAUACAAUUGGGAGAGGCCUUCCUAGCCCAGGACUUCCUCCCCCGCAAGGGGGCUCGGCCACAAUUACACCUUUCACAUCUGGAAGUCAUCUUCCCACAUAUUAUCCUCCCCCACCACUUCAGUACACCAUGACGUCUGGAGUACGACAUCCUAUUCGUCCAAAACCACCACGUCAAGGUGAAAUAUUUUAUACUCGGUAUAUUCGAAGCAUAGGCCAAUACCUGGCGUUCCGAGUAGCAUCGUUAUCUACAAGACCCGUAGCUUACAACGGACCUUCCACACUUCCAAACUUCCACAGGCAUCAUCAUCAUCACACGACUGCGUCACUAUCCUCUCUUCCAGCCCACAUCUCAAUAUCCUCUAUGGCCGACAUUGCACCCCCAUCACCAAGUAUAUCCGAACAAAAUGAGGAGACCACCUCAAUGACCGACCUUCAACUCCUCAACAAAUGGAUGAACAACCCACGGGUGAGUAAGUUCUGGGGUCUUCAAGGUCCCCAAAAUAUCCAAGAAGAAUAUCUACGAAAAUGUCUUACUUCCAAACACUCAUUUCCCGCCAUUGGUCUCUGGGACGGAAAGCCAUUUGGCUUCUUCGAGAUCUACUGGACCAAGGAAGAUCUUCUAGGUCGACAUCUCGGUUGUGAAGCGGGGGAUUUCGAUCGUGGAUUCCAUGUUUUGGUAGGCGAGCAAGAGUUUCGGGGAAAGCAUAGGGUGGAUGCUUGGGCGACUUCGAUUGCUCAUUGGGCGUUUGUACAGGAUUAUAGGACUAACAGUGUGGUUUUGGAGCCGAGGGUUGAUAACGAAAGGUUUGUUUCUUCUUGUGCACUCGCUUGGUUGUCGUAUUUCGUGCUGAUCUCGACGAUUAGAUUUAUCUCGCAUCUCCAAAGUAAUGGCUUCUUCAAGGAAAAGGAAAUUACCUUUUCUCAUAAGCAAAGUGCUUAUAUGAAGCUCCGACGGGAAAACUUUGAAGCGCCGGCUCUGUAGAUUUUUUUCGUUUCUGAGAUGGGACAUGGGAGAUGGGAGUAGAUGGCUAUGUGGGGUACAGUAGAUGGUACUGUGAAUGGAAGAAGAGUUGUUGGAUGACGAAGUGAUGAAUGGACCCACAGCAAAAAAUAGAUUUCGGUUGUCGUUGGAUAUUCG